CAUUUGAAUUCCACCCGCUGUCCUCCCGUCGUCUUAUCCAUUCCUCCUGCGACAGCGAUGGCGGCUUCGCCCAUUUCGUUGUGCACCGGCGACGGCCGCCGUCGUGCCUCGCGCGGGAGGACGGAGGGCGCUCGCCGGGAGGAUGGAGGACGGCGCAGCGAGGCGGGGCAGUGGUGGUGGCGUGUGCGGCGGAGACGGCGCAGUAAGGCCGGGCAGUGGCGGUGGUUGACCGGCCAUCAUGCCUCGCGCGGGAAGAUGGAUGACACUCGCCGGGGCGUGUGCGGCGGAAACGGCUUCUACCGCGCAUCGAGGUGGAGCAGCAGAGGACGGGAAGGCAAGGAGGCAAGGUGGGUACGCUGUGCACCAGGGCCGCCUUCGUCCUCCACCUCCUCCAAAAGCGCGCGCUCGUCGCGGGCGCUAGCGGUGGCGUGGCGGUUCUCGCCCGCGGGUGCGUAGGUGCGCGGGGGCGUCGGGGAUCGAGGGAGCUCUCCUCCCUAGCAGCUGGAGGCGCUCGAGAUCGAGCGAGUGGGCGAGGGGAUCGGGGCCCCUGGUGGCUGCCUGCUUGGCGAUUGCCCGAGAUGCUGCUCGGGCGUGGGCUGGCCGACUCGAUCUCCUCGACCGAGGGCCCCGUGCUCGUCAGCGCCUGCCCCAUCGCGCACGACUUCUCUGAUCCAGCGCCAAAUUCCGAGGACCAUGCGGAGCUCGACCUGGACGCACUCCACCUAAUGGGAGGGCAGCACCAAGAACGGCAACGGCAGUAUGGGCUUGCUGCCAGCAAGAUGGUGGAAGGAGGCAAUCCAAACUUUGCCAGUGAAGUUCCAGUUGAGGAAAGAACAGAGAGAGGAAAGACAACAAAGGGAAUUUGGUUAAAGCAAAAAACAGUUUCGUGUAAAACUCUCCACCCAGUCUCCUAGCUCAGCUCAGCAGUUGAUUUGAGGGCGAUGUUCCGCAGGCAUUUCGGCGAAUGAGGAACCUAACUGACAAAUGGAUUAUUUUUCUGAAUCCUAUUUGUUACAUAUGAGUCGACUGUUGAUACAUGUUUGUUAGGGAUAACUUUGGCAAUAUAUCAUACAAGGAUGGUUGUGGUACUACGUAAGCAAAGCAACUCUGAUCCCUCCAACUCUCAGGUUUUUUAUUCCUCUACUUAA